UUUGCAAUUUUUUAUGCCCACUUUUUGUAGAUAAUUCUUGCCGUUUGUGAUAAAUUAUAUAAAUUUAUUAACAUUUUACUGUUUACAAAGUGAAACUAAACACAUUCCAGAAUAUAGUUGUUAUUAUUAGUGUUAAUAUACUGUUACAGUGCUGUUAUCAAGGUUUUGUAUUGUGUAAAUAAAAGCUGUCUCUAGGACUUAGCAUUAGUCAAGUGUUUCAUUACUCGUUACUUGUUCGUUGAUGGCUGAAGUGAAUUAACGUAUGGACAAUGAAAUUCGCGGAACAUCUUAGUGCGCACAUAACGCCCGAGUGGCGUAAGCAAUAUAUUAAUUAUGAGGAAAUGAAAGCAAUGCUCUACACUGCAGUAGAAGAGGCACCGGCAGCUGAAAAUGUUGAACCAGAAGUAUUAUCCAGACAUUUUGCCAAUUUUGAUGAAACAUUCUUCCAUUAUUGUGAUCAGGAGUUGAAGAAAAUUACUACAUUUUAUUCAGAAAAACUAGCUGAGGCCACACGUAAAUAUGCCACACUACAAAGCGAACUGAAAUCAAGGUUCGACACAAUAAAACCCAAGAGUGGCGGAGACAAAAAAUCCAUACCGCGUCGCAAGGUUCAAGAGUUGAAGUUGGCCUUCAGCGAAUUCUAUCUCAGUCUAAUAUUGCUGCAGAACUACCAGAACUUAAAUUAUACGGGUUUUAGGAAGAUAUUGAAAAAACAUGAUAAGUUAUUAAAUGUGAGCAACGGCGCGCAAUGGAGAGCGGAACACGUCGAAACUUCCCACUUCUACACAAACAAAGACAUAGACAGACUAAUAAGCGAUACAGAGGCAACGGUCACCAACGACCUGGAAGGUGGAGAUCGGCAGAAGGCCAUGAAGAAGUUGCGAGUACCGCCGCUUGGUGAACAGCAGAGUCCGUGGACAACUUUCAAAGUUGGACUGUUCUCUGGAUCGUUUAUUGUACUGUCCAUCACCGUUGUGCUUUCAGCUCUUUUCCACGAGAACGGCACAGAGAGCUUCAAAUCCGCCUUCAGAUUGUACCGCGGACCAUUCCUAUUAGUCGAAUUUAUAUUCCUAAUUGGCAUCAACGUUUACGGAUGGCGGUCUUCCGGCGUCAACCACGUCUUAAUCUUCGAGCUGGACCCAAGAAAGCACUUGUCAGAGCAACAUUUGAUGGAACUGGCCUCGAUUUUCGGCGUGGUCUGGGCGUUGAGUUUACUCAGCUUUAUAUACAGUGAGAGUUUGAGUAUACCGCCGCUGGUGAAUCCGCUGGCACUGGUUGUCAUCAUGCUGGUGUUCUUGAUGAACCCUCUGAGGGUGUUCAGGCAUGAAGCGAGGUUCUGGUUUCUGAGGAUUUGCGGUCGAAUACUAGCGGCACCUUUCAUGCCAGUGUUAUUCGCAGAUUUCUGGCUGGCGGACCAGUGGAACUCGUUCACGUACGCCUUCCUCGACUUUCACUUCCUCAUCGCGUUCUAUAUCGCCGGUGCGGACUGGUUCAAUAUCAAUAAUACAUUCGAGUCGACCAAAUGGUUUAUCUUUAGCCGCGCGGCGGUGAACAUAGUCCCGGCGUGGGGUCGGUUCUGGCAAUGCCUGCGGCGGUACCGCGACAGCAAGGAGGCCUUCCCGCAUCUCGUGAACGCGGGGAAGUACUCGACCACCUUCUUUGUGGUUCUCUUCUCCACUUUACGGACUUUGUACAGCGCGGAUUACGAAAGCAUAUACGACAAUCCGUUCUUGUACCCUUGGCUGGCGUGCCAGUUCAUAUCCUCAACGUACACCUACACUUGGGACGUGAAGAUGGACUGGGGCCUGCUGAGUGUGGGACCCAACGCUGAGAACAGUCUCCUAAGAGACGAGAUCGUGUAUAGCCCCGGGUUCUAUUACUUCGCGAUAAUCGAGGAUUUGGUGCUACGCUUCGUUUGGGCGCCAUCUUUCUUUUUAACCGAGAACAAGAUAGUCAGCGGCGACACUAUGGUCUCAAUACUUGCGCCGCUGGAAGUUUUCAGGCGGUUCAUUUGGAACUUUUUCCGCCUGGAGAACGAGCAUCUGAACAACUGCGGUAAAUUCCGCGCCGUGCGAGACAUCUCCGUGGCGCCACUGGACUCGUCCGACCAGGCUCUCAUCAUACGUAUGAUGGACCUUCCAGACGGAGUCGUCAAUAGAGUAACGAAGAAGAAGAAUAUGAAGAAGGCGAAGGAGAACGACCGGAAGCCCCUCCUCAAGAAGGAGUCCAUCCAGGAAUUGCAGCGAGAGCUGGAGCUGUCCUCUAAAAUGCUGUGACUGUGAUAAACUAGCGAGUUAGCCAUAAGCGUUGUCAAACUAUUAUUGCGAUUAUAUUUAUAAAUAUAUUAUA